UGUGGGCCAGCGCCGCGGAGCUGCUGGAGCAAUCGGUGGCCGAGGGCGUGCCCGGGGCAGCCCCUCCCGGGGAGUUUUAUGUGGACCCGGACCUGGCCCAGCAGGACAAGGUCAGCGCCCUGCAGCAGGGCUACAGCCAGGUGCUGUGCCAGACCCUGUCCGAGAGGAACUUGGAGAUCACCUCCCUGAAGAGCGAGGGCGAGAACUUAAGGAGGGACAACGCCAUCACCUCAGGGAUGGUGUCCUCUUUGCAAAAAGAUGUGAUAGCUAAGGAUGAGGAAGUUCAACAACUUAAGCAGGAGGUGAACCAACUGAAAAGUGAGAACAAAGAGAAGGAUCUCCAGCUGGAAGCCAUCAGCUCCAGAUGCUCAGUGCUCAAAGAGGCGUUAGAGAAGGAGGACGCGCAGAAGGAGCACCGGGAGGCCCAAGAGAAAGAGCUGAAACUCAGCAAAUCCCAAAUCCAAAACCUGGAGAGAGAAAUGAGGAUGCUGAGGGAGGAGCUGAAGAAGAAUACUUCUGACCAGAGCAUGAUCUCUAAGACGCUUCGAGAAAAGAGCAAGCUGGAGCAUUUCAGGAGCCAGGUCAUCAGGGCCACCUUCGGGCGAGCCAGGCCGUUCCAGGACAAGCCCGUCACUGACCAACAGUUAAUAGAGAAGAUCAUCCAGGUCACGGAGGACAGCGCCAGCUUCCAGCAGAAAAAGUGGAGCCUGCAGAAGGAGAGCCAGCUCAGCCACUCCAAGCAGGAGGCGCUGGCGGACAGCAUCGAGAGGCUGCGGGCGGCGCUGGACAGCUGCCAGGCGUGCAUGAAGACGUCUUGCUGCAGCACCGACCUGAAGAAGGAGGUGGAGCUCCUCCAGUACCUGCAGGUGAGCCCACCUGUGUCCGGGCUCCAGAAGGCGGCGCUGGACAUCGUGCGCCUGUCGCAGUCCUGGCUGGAGGAUGCCGAGGGGCUCCUCCGGGACGUGGGGGUCCAGCUGCCCGGCUCCGACAAAGGGUUGUCUUUGUAUCUGAAGCGUCUUCUGGAACAUUAUAAAAAAGUCACGAGCCGGACCCAGGAACUUCAGGCUUUGGAGGGGAAAUUUACUGAAGAGAAAAACAGAGCAAAAGAAGCGUUAGAGGAAGAGCAGAGCAAAGUCCGAGAGCUGGAGGAGCGCUUAAGCCACCAGAGGAAGGCUUUGGAGGAAAGCUUUAUGCAAGAGAAGAGCCGAGUGAAGGAAGCACUGGAGGAAGAAGAGAGGAAAGUCCACAAGCUGGAGAAUCGCCUGGCCCGCCAGAAGGAGGUUUUGGAGAGCAGCGUGGCCCAUGAGAAGAAAGCAAAGGAGGCGUUAGAGACCGAAAAGAGGAGAGUGCAAGAUCUGGAGAACCACCUCACCCAGCAGAAGGAGGUAUCGGAGAGCAGCAUCGCCCACGAGAAACAGAAAGCAAGGGAGGCCAUCGAGAGGGAAAAGAGAAGGGUGCAAGACCUGGAGAACCGCCUGACCAAGCAGAAAGAGGAAAUGGAUUUUAAAGUGCAACAGGAAGAUGUUCUAAAUGAUAAAUUAAAGGACGCACUGGCCAUGGUAGAAGAGAGUCAAAGAACAAAGGUGUCUGAGAGUCUGAAAGCAGAGAGCCUGGCCAUGAAAUUAAAUGAGGCGUUAGCUGAACUGGAAACUGCCAAGACAAAGAUGAUCAUGAUGGAGGGGCGGAUACAGCUGCAACAGCAGACCAUCAAGGCCCUCCAGGAAGAACGAGAAUCACAGAAACCGGAGUUUGAAGAAGAAGUCAUGGGCUACAAGGAGCAGAUCAAACAGCACUCCCUGACGAUCGUGAGUCUAGAAAAAAGACUCAGAAAAGUGACCGAACAUCACCAGAAAAUAGAAGAAGAGCUCGCAACUUUGAAGAACAAUGACCUGGGUAGGUCCAAAGAGACCCUGAGGAACCUGCGUGUCGGGCCAGGUUCUGGUUGUCCUGUGGGCCCCAAGAGGCUGCUGGCCCAGGAGAAGGCAACGCAGCAAGACCGUCCCCCGGGGCCCCCGCAGGAGAGCCGCACCAAAGACGCGGUGUGUGACCACAUGAUAGAGGACUUGGUGACGGCUCAGAAGGAGAUCCUGUCUCAGCAGGAGGUCAUCAUGAGCUUGAGGAAAAACCUUACGGAAGCCCACAGCCGAAUGUCAGAUUUGAGAGGGGAGCUUAAUGAGAAGCAGAAGGUGGAACUGGAGAGGAACGUGGCCCUGGUCCAACAGCAAAAGAGAGAGCUGGGUGCGCUCAAGGAAAAGAUGGCCCAGGUGACCAGCCUGGUGGCGAAGAAGGACCGGGAGCUGGAGGACCUCAAGGAGGCACUCAGGUGUGUGAGGAGGUCUGCACGGCGUGCAGGGCCCAGAGCCUCCCAAGAGAAACGCAGGCCCAGGAGCACGGCCCAGAUGUGUGACAUCUCGGGGCAGAUGGAACCCAUCCUCACCGACAUUUUCGUGAGCAGCCAGGAGGAGCAGUCCUUCUGCGACCUGGGGGCCAAGUGCAAAGGGUCCCGGCACGAGGAAAUCAUUCAGCGUCAGAAAAAGGCCUUAUCCGAACUCCGGGCACGAAUUAAAGAACUCGAGAAUUCAGGCUCGUCAAACGAUAAGGUCCACCAGAAUAAAUCAUUUCAAGACUUAAAGACUCUCAGAAUGGAAAAAAAUGUCCAGAAAAUGUUGGACGCAAACCCCGAUUGGCCAGCUCUCUCAAGAAUAGAGAUCCAAGCGUCUCAAAAUGGCUUUGCCAACCUGGCCGCCGAGAAGCCGGGGAAAAUGGACGUGACCGAGGCUUUGGAUCUCAGUGAAAAGCUGUACCUGGACAUGAGCAGGACGCUGGGGAGCCUGAUGAACAUCAAGGACAUGGCAGGUCACGUGUCCAUGAAACACCUCUCCCCCCAAGAGAGGGAGCGAGUCAACCAGCUGCGGCAAAGGGACCUGGACCUGGUGUUCGAUAAGAUCACCCAGCUCAAGAGCCGGCUGGAGAGGAAGGAGGAGCUUCUGAGAGGAUACGAGCAGGACGUGGACCAGCUCAGGCAGAGCAAAGUGUCCAUUCAGAUGUACCAGUCACAGGUGGCGAAGCUGGAGGACGACAUCUACAAGGGGGCCGAGGAGAAGGCGCUGCUGAAGGAGGCCCUGGAGCGCACGGAGCAGCAGCUGCGCCAGGAGAAGAGGGUCAACCGGGCCAGGAGGCCGCAGCAGGCUGGAGCCAGAAAAGCCGCCCCAAAGACAGACCAAGAAAGAGCGACGCUGAAGAGAGAGUCCCCCAGCAAACCCAGCCAGAGUCUGCAGGUCUCGAAGCCUGGCGGAAGGAACUAGAAAUGCCAUCGGCCGGCCUUGCAAGAUCCUCUGUAACUUGUUAGGUGUCUCCCCAGCCACACACCCCUUUCUCUGAGAAUGCACCCGCCCUGCCUGCAAAAAGGCUUGCCCUGCCUAAUACUGCUCUCUUGGCCACAGCUGGUUGGUCAAGCCAGACCAAUCAGGUUUCUCUUCUAAUUCAAGCUGGGCCAAUCAGCACCUCUGUUUUUAGUGUUUGGAAGGGGACUCUGGGAUGUCACACAAGUUAUUAGUGGUCCUGGAGCUGAGAAUCUGAUGCAGUCCCAGGGCUGGGAUGACCAUUUCCUACCUUGCAUUUGGAGGAACAAAGCCAGCCUUGAGAGAGAGAAGACUGGGGUAGAUAUGCAAUGGCAGAGACAAGAAACCAAGACCCCAGAGAGACAAUGUAGCAGAUACUACCAGUCCCAUACUUAUCGCCUCCCUCUGCUGCAUAAGCUGAAGGCUGGUCCCCUUGAUUUCCCAGCCUCCCUUGCAGCUAGAGUUGGCCAUGUUGUUCACUUCUGACCAAUGACAUGUAAGUGAAGGCCCCUGGGGAGGAUUUCUCUUUGGCAAUAAAAGGCACAUCUUUGUUAGGAGAAAAGUUUUUCCUUUUCCCCUUUUCCUUGUCUCCUCUUUGUCUCCUGGAGCUCAGACUUGGAGCUGGAGCAGCCAUUUGGGGAUCACGAGGCAGCGAGCAAGAGGCUAAAGCCAGCCUCCAACGACAACGGAAUGGAAAGAUGAGAAGGGCCUGGGGCCGCAUGCCUGUGCUUUGCGCCAUGCCUGAACUGCCUACCUCUGUACUUCCUGUUGUGGAAGACAAUAAAUUUCUUCCUGUUUAAGCCACUGUAGUCGGGUGUACUUGUGGGACAAACCACUCAAAACGUAGUGAGUGAAAAUAAAACGAUUUAUUAUCUCUCAGGAUUCCAUGCACCAAGGUGGGCACUUGUACUGGGCUGAGCUGGCUUGGCUGGGACUGGUUUAGAAGAGCCUCAUUUACAUGCCUGGUCACUGGCAGGCAAGUUGGGUUAGGUCAGUGGUUAAAUCACCUCAAUUUGGAGUGAUUUUGCUCCCCAGGGGACAUCUGGCAAUUUCUGGACACAAUUUUUGUUCUUACAAUUGGGGAGGGGGUGCUGAACAUCCUAGAGUGCCCAGUGUUCCCCACAACAAGGACAAAUUUGACCCAAAAUUAGCAGUAGCGAGAAUGAGAAACCACCAUCUAGAGAGGUUACAUCUGGGACAGUUUAUCUCUGCUUGGGGUGGUCUCUCAUGAUGCAGCUGGCUAGACCAGACUUUCUUUCU